AUGAGUCGGUUAUACGAUACCAUAGAGCCAAAUGUGAUUGAUGAAAAGAUGCUUCAAAAAGCUGUGGAAGAGCAAGGUCCCCAAGAGGAAUUAGGACAGCUUGCCAAAAGGGAAGGCAUUGAUUACAAAGAUGUCAUAGAGCUACAGCUUGAUUUUAGAAAUAUCCUGAAGAUUGAUAACCUAUGGCAGUUUGUGAAUCUGACUAAACUGCAGCUAGACAACAACAUCAUUGAGAAGAUAGAGGCACUGGAUAGUCUGGUCCACCUAAUCUGGCUUGAUUUGUCCUUCAACAAUAUUGAAGUCAUUGAAGGUCUGGAAUCUCUGGUUAAACUGCAGGACUUGAGCCUCUACAAUAAUAGAAUAUCUAAGAUUGAGAAUCUGGACACGCUACAAGAACUACAGGUCUUCUCUAUAGGAAACAAUAAUCUAACUGCUUUGGAAAAUGUGGUCUACCUCAGGAAGUUUAAAAACCUACGCACAUUGAAUCUCACUGGGAACCCUGUCUGCGAAAAUGAACAAUAUUCAAUGUUCAUUGCCGCUCACCUUCCAGAUCUGGUGUACUUGGACUUCAGGCUUGUGGAUGAGAAUACACGAGAACUUGCAGACAUAAAAUAUCAGUACGUCAUUGAUGAGCUAAAGCAAGGUGAAGCACAGGCCCUGGCUAAGCUGGUGGAAGAGCAGGCUAGGCAGAAAGAGUUGGAGCACCACAAGGCUGCUUACAUCGAGUACCUGAAUGGACCCUUCUUAUUUGAGAGUAUGUACGCAGAAGAUACAGAAGCUGCCAGGCUGGCUUACCUCCCUGGAAUGGCUGACCUGCUGGAGACAUACAAGAGUAAAUUUGUAUUAAUUUGUGAGAACCUCUUUGCCUAUGGUCUGAAAGAGCAUGAAAAGCGACAAGCUGAAGUCUCAACCUUCUACGAGUGCCUUCAAGAAGCGAUACAGGACAGUCAAAAGCAGGGCACAAAAAUAAUCCUAGAUUUUGAAAAUGACAACCAGGGGUUGUUGGACAUGAUUCAAAACAUGAGUAGUUUUGAGAUUGCAGAGUCUAAACUCGUAAAGUACAAUGAGGACAUCAGUCAGCUGUCAGACACACUUAUGACCCUGGAAAUGCAGACGGUUGACCAGCUAGAGGAAAUAAUAAAGGAUUUUGAAAGAAACAUUGCCGACCAGGUGUCAACAUUUAUUGAGAACGUCCAAGGGAUGAUGGCUCAAUGCCGGGAUCUAGAAAAUCAUCACCACGAGAAACUGCUGGAGAUUGCAAUCAACACUCUGGAGAAGAUAGUCAAGAGCGAGUUUGAUGAGGAGAUGCCAGAUGAUGUCCGACUGCUUUUUGUGGACAAAGACACCAUCGUCAACGCAGUGAAUGCCUCCCACGAUAUCCACCUGCUGAAGAUCGAUAACAGAGAGGAUGACAUCGUCACUAAAGCCAAUAGCUGGUCAUCUUCGGUGAUCGAGGAGGUUCACAAGAAUGAGCUCAACAGAAACCGCAACCGUGUGAGAGAGAUUAAUCAACACAUCGACCAUCUGCAGGAGGAGCUGGACAACAUGGAAAGCCUGGAGCAGAUGGAGUAGGCCAACAGUGGCUCCCCUGUUAGGACACAGGCCUUGGUGAUCUAACAGGUGCGCCUCGCCCUU